AGACGCAGCUACACUUUGCGCAUGCGCGGGCAGGUCUUACAUUGUAUUCUGCCAGCAAUCGUCUCUUGAAAGUCAACAGAGCAGUGUGGUGUUUAAGUCUGCGUUUAUUCCUUUAUUUUUAUGUUUGUACGUAUUUGCCUAUGGCGUGCCAAACUAAACUUUAUUCAUUAUUUGUGUCAGGAUGAACGUGACUCGACUCAGUGAACAUUGAAGCUUCUGAGGCUAAUCUAGCCUGCUAGUUAGCUUAGCUUGCUAGCUGCUAACAAAGAGAGCCAGAAGUCAUCAACACGUCGCUAAACAGACACAAGUACGUCCGUAAAGAACAAUUUCUCCCUAAGCAGCAGGAGUGGACCACCAGGAUGGAGCAGGAGAAACCACAGCUCCUCCAUAUUAAAAAGGAAGAGGAGGAGCCACAUCCCCCCCACAUUAAAGAGGAAGAUGAAGAGCUACAUCUCCGCCUCUUUAAAGAAGACGAGGAGCUACACACCCCGCACUUUAAAGAGGAAGAGGAGGAACACAGCAUCAGUCAUUAUGAAGGACUGGAGGAGGUUGAUGUCCCCAAUAUGCCGUUGAUUUGUGUCAUUGUGAAGAGUGAAGAUUAUGAUAUCAAAAGUGAAAGUGAGGAGAAGAGAGAGGCGGAGCCUCCAAGCAGCUGCUCAACUCAACACAUGACAACAGAAGAUGAUGGAGACCACUGUGGAGGAUCACCAGCAGACAAGCUCUUAGCUCCACUAUCAGAUCCUGACACUGAUGAUGAAGACUCUGAAGCUGAUACAUGUCACACUGACAACGCACACUUUGAAUGUUCUCACUGUGGCAAAAGUUUUAAUCACAGUUGUAAUCUGAAAAGACACGUGAGAAUGCACGCAGGUGAAAAACCUUUUUCCUGUUCAAGCUGUGGUAAACAUUUUACACAAAAUCAUCAUUUGAAAACACACAUGAGAACACACACAGGUGAAAAACCUUUUUCUUGUUCAAUCUGUGCCAAACGUUUUACACAAAAUCAUAGUUUGAAAAGACACAUGCUAAUACAUGCGGGUGAAAAACCUUUUUCCUGUUCAAGCUGUGGUCAAUGUUUUACACAAAAUCAGGAUUUGAAAGGGCACAUGAGAACACACACUGGUGAAAAACCUUUUUCCUGUUCAAUCUGUGCUAAAGUUUUUACACUAAAUCAUCAUUUGAAAGGACACAUGAGAAUACACACUGGUGAAAAACCUUUUUCCUGUUCAAUCUGUGGUAAAGGUUUUACACACAAUUGUAUUUUGAAAUCACACAUGACAACACACACUGGUGAAAAACCAUUUAUCUGUUCAAUCUGUAGUAAAGGAUUUACACAAAGAACUCAUUUAAAAACACACAUGACAACACAUACUGGUGUAAAACCGCUUACCUGUUCAAUUUGUGCUAAAGGUUUUACACAAAAUAGGGAUUUGAAAGCACACAUGAGAGCCCACAACGGUGAAAAACCGUUUUCCUGUUCAAUCUGUGCUAAAGGUUUUACCCAAAAUACUCAUUUGAAAACACACAUGACAACACACACUGGUGAAAAACCGUUUAUCUGUUCAAUUUGUAGUAGAGGUUUUGUACGAAAUAGUGUUAUGAAAAAACACAUGGCAACACACACUGCAGAAAAACAUUUUAUUUGUUCAAUAUGUGGAAAAGGUUUUACACAAAUCAAAGAUUUGAAAGAACACAUGACAAUACACACUGGUGAAAAACCCUUGUCCUGUUCAAUCUAAAUGUUUUGUACGGAAAGACAAAUUAAAUGUACACGAGAACACACACGGAUGGGGAAGUGCGAGUUGCAGUAUGAGUGAUG